CACUUGGAUACACCACAGAAAAGUGUUUGGACAAUUUCUCUUUUUUGUUAUGAAUAUGAAUUUGGAGGGUGGAAAUAUGAUAGAAAUGGGAGGGGAUGAGUUGUUGGAAGCUCAAUCUCACAUAUGGAAUCAUAUCUUCAACUUCAUCAACUCUAUGGCUCUCAAAUGCGCCAUUCAACUUGGAAUUCCAGACGCCAUCCACAGUCAUGGCCCCAACCCUAUGCCUCUCUCUCUUCUUCUUUCAUCUCUCCAACUCCAUCCUAAUAAAAGCCAAUUCAUAUACCGUUUGAUGCGUUUAUUGACUCACUCCGGCUUCUUUAUUCUACAAGAGGAAGGAUAUAUGCUUACCAAUUCAUCUCGUCUUCUUCUUAAAGACAACCCUUAUGCUGUAUCUCCUUUCCUAUUUUGCAUUCUCGAACCAACCUUCAUGGAGCCAUGGCAAUUCCUCUCAACCUGGCUCCAUUGUGAUGAUCAGAGGACGCCGUUUGAGACUGUGCAUGGAAUGUCGUUUUGGGAGUACAUUAGGAAUAAACAUAAAUAUGGUGACAUCUUUAAUGCAAGCAUGGCUAGUGAUACGAUGUUGGUGGUGAGUUUAUUAUUUGAGAAACAUAAAGGUUCUUUUGAAGGAGUUAGGUCAUUGGUGGAUGUUGGUGGUGGGACUGGAACUAUGGCCAAAGCCAUUGCAAAAGCUUUUCCACAAAUUGAAUGCAGUGUGCUUGAUCGUCCUCAAGUUGUAGCUGACUUGAAAGCAGAUAUACCAAACUUCAAAUAUGUUGAAGGAGAUAUGUUUAAUGCUAUUCCUCCCGCUGAUGCUCUUGUAUUGAAGUGGAUAUUACAUGAUUGGAGUGAUGAAGAAUGUGUGAAGAUUUUGAAGAAGUGCAAAGAAGCAAUCACAAGCAAUGGUAAAAAGGGAAAAGUGAUGGUAAUUGAUUUGGUGGUGUUUAAUACCAAAAAUAAAGACUCAAUUGAGACUCAACUAUUUUACGACAUGUUGAUGAUGACUAUGGCAAGUGGAAAAGAGAGGGAAGAAAAAGAGUGGGAACAACUGAUUAAAGAAUCUGGAUUUAGUGCCUACAAAAUCUUCCCUAUUUUAGGUUUAAGGUCUCUUAUAGAGAUUUACCCAUGAUACAUCACUUCUUUUUUUUUUUUAAUAAGUUCGAAAGAACACACAUCGAGUUGAAUUUUUAACAUAUUUUUUUUUGUUAUUAAUAAAGUACUUGUGUCAAGAUUAAGUGUGGAUUGUUAGGGUAAAAAUUGGAGAUCUAUUUUGGGUGUAAUUUAAUAAGUGUUGAGAUUAAAGUUUGUUAAACUAGUUUGCUUAUUAAUAUGGCGACAUUGUUCUCAAAAUAUAUUAGAAAAAUUAUCUUUCAUUUACAAAUAAGAUUGAGUUUCAAUAUUGUUACAAAAGGGACUAUGACCAAAUAGAGUAAGAUUGCAACUAAAGUAGUUGAGAAUAAUAAUAAUGAAGAAGAAGGGAGAAAAUAACACAGUUAUUUACGUGGAAAAUCCGUAAACAAAUUAGGGUAAAAAUCAUGGGCUAGGAUAGAAGAAUUCCACUAUACAAAAUAGGAGUUGCAAACUUUUAUUCUUAUAGAGGAACAUGAAGCUCUCUUACGAGAAGACACUCUCUAUUUUCUCUCACUCACUUGUUGGAAUUUUUUUUUUUUUUUUUUUUUUUUAAUUGUUUGACAACCAUGGGCUUUCACCUAUUUAUAGCCCAAAAAAACUUGACC